AUGGAAUACGUCGGUUAUAGAGUUGUCAGAGGACCAGAUUGGAGGUGGGGAAAACAAGAUGGUGGUGAAGGACACGUAGGAACCGUAAGAAACUUCGAAAGCAACCAAGAAGUUGUUGUUGUUUGGGAUAAUGGUACCGCUGCGAAUUACCGGUGCUCUGGCAUCUACGAUCUAAGAAUUCUGGACAGCAGCCCCACUGGUAUGAUUUAUACUUUUCCCCUGUGCUCUUCUUCUUUUGAAAAUCUUAUGUUUUUAAAAUGAAAGAAAUUCAAUCACAUAUUUCAAGAAACGAAACAUCAAAUGAAGUCUCAAGUUUAAAUGCAUGCAAGCGGGCCAAAAUUGAAAUUUGCAUUAAAAGUUUAAAUCGAUCCACAAGUCUGCAAGUCUCUUUAGUCAUCCUAUUCAGCUGAUGUUUUCAACUUCAGUGUAUUUCUAACGUGGACUUCUUUAGAGCCUGGGAUUCUCUCUUUGAUUUUUUCUGCAUUAGUUUUUUGAGAUAACUCAUAAGUAGUACAAGUUUAAACAGGAAGACACUGUACAAUAAAUAUUUAAAAUAAUCUGAAGGAACAUUUUGUUGAUUUCCGGUAAUGCUGCUGGCUUCUUGCGGAACAUUUAUGCAUUUGGUCUUAUGUGGUUUGCCUUUAGGCAUGUAAUGCUAGAAGAGUUUCCUUUUCCCUUCUGAGAUAAAAAAAGAAACUCUGUAGUCACUUGAUUCUAUGUUAUAUAUAUAUAUAUAUAUUUAGUAUAUAGUAAAAGAGUAACUACUGUAUACUAAAAGAUUUUAAAUAUUAUCCGCAGUUACAGCUAUGUUUUCACAAUAAUAAUUGUACCUUUUAAAUCUUUCUUAAGGGAUAAAACAUGAUGGAAGUAUGUGUGAUGGGUGUCGCAUGCAACCUAUCUAUGGCAUGAGAUGGAAAUGUGCAGAUUGCCCAAACUUUGACUUAUGCAGUGUAUGUUACCAUGGAGACAAACAUCAUUUACGACACAGAUUUUACAGAUUAAAUGGUCCCAGUGCAGAAAGGUACAACAAAUAUAGUAUUUGUUUCCUGGGGAUUGUUAUCAGUUCGUUUUGUUCUCUUAUGAAAUAACCAGAGAUAAAUUAUGCAGUUGAUUUUUUUUAAAAGUUAUCAAAAGGUGCGAUGAAAAGGUGGGAAAAUCCAGAUGUUUCAAGGGUGCUCUUUGUUCCUCAGUGGUUUAAAGCAACUGAAAAAGCAUGCGCAACAGUUCAGUUGCUUUAAACCACUGAGAAAUAGGGAGCACCCCCAAAAUGUCUGUGUUUUCAUUCUUUUUCAAAUGCACCUUUUGAUAACGUUAUAAAAACAAGCAAUCAUUCGUGUUGCGUAGUAUCGUCCAAUUUUUUAUAAAUUAUUGAGUUGUAUGACUUGGCAACAUUAUUUUAUUUAAAUACACUGUUUCCUGUAUCCUGUAGUCAGACUCGACCAAAGCUUAUUGGUUCCAUUCAGUACUUGUUGUGAACAAAAUAAUAUUAGGCAGAUUAAACAAAGACAACGAGACAGCAGUGAUGACGGCGGAUGCAAAUAAAACUAUUGGUUUACCCAAUGGCAGAGGGCAAAUUGGACACUGGAAGUCACGUUCAUUCCUUUUCGCGUGCUAUCCCAUCGUCGACUGAUGUUCCCGUUCUGUUGCUAAAUCAGCCUAAUAUUUCAGUCAAACCUCCCUUUAAGGGUACCCACUCAAUACGGACACCUCAUUAUCACGGACAGUUUGCUUUGUCCCUGGGGAAACAAAGCCCUUACAUUUUCUCCAAAUUCAACCUGCUUAAUAUGGACACCCCAUUAAUACAGACGCUUAACAGGGUUUGACUGUAUUUUCAUUUAUUGAGAAAAAAAUUUUUUUUCUUCAUAACCUGAAACAGCUGAGAAAAAGGCAAAUGGUUAUGAAGCCAGUGACUUUACAUAUAGACCGUGAUAAGCAUGUUUUUUUGACAGAAAUAUUUUUGUCUCACAUUUUCCUCUUCAGAAAUAAAAACUUGUUUACAAAAAUCCUUUGUAGUCUACAUUUUCUGUAUAAACCUUUUCAGGGUCACCUGAAAAUAUCAAGGUUCUUGCAAGUAGGUUUUUUCUGUUAUAAGUCAGCUCUCUCUGAGACAGACACAUUCAGAGCCAGUCCUGACUGUCCAUCUGAGAGAGGUGUCUGGCUUAUACAUAGAGUCUCCUGCCCUUUUCUUGAUGAGUCUUCUUGAAUGUAAACAUACUGAACUACAUGUACUGUUUCUUGUACUUUCUAGAGCACUUGUUGAAGCACGUAGAAAAAGCAAAAAAAUUACAGCCAGAGGAAUAUUUCCAGGUGCUAGAGUUGUGCGUGGUGUAGACUGGCAAUGGGAAGAUCAAGAUGGUAAAAAAAUACUGUCUCAUACAUUUUACCACACAAUUAUAUGUACUGUAUGUACUUCUAACCCAAAGGUUAUAGGACUAGCUCCUAUUGGGAGUACUCAGAUUUUGUGUUCCAAGCUGCCUUAUGCCACGACUGAAAUAUCAUUCAUCAGGCAUACUGCUUUUUUCAAAAACACAGGAAUGCUGAAGUUCAAAAGCCACCUUCACAAUUGCGUUUUUCGAUGCUGUCAGUGGGCCACAGUUACAAUCAUAAGCAAUGAACCGUGAAACAAAGAAACACACAAACUGGAUCGAAAUCCACCAAUCACAAAUCACAAACCACAACCUUUUGAACCCAUUGAAGUAAACUUCUGUUUCCUAAGAGGUCUGCUAAGAUGAUUGACUGCAGCAAAAAACACAAAUGUUUGUGGGCUUUUGAACUUCAGAAUUCACAUGGUUUUGAGAAGGGUAGUAAAAUUCACCAUCACGUUUCUAUCAUAAUCAAAGAUGGCGGCUGCAUGAUCAUGCAUGAAGCUCGAUAGCUCAAAGAUUUUCAGUCCCUUAUACAGUGUGUAUGUUACAGGUCAAAAUUAUAUUCAGGUUAAAAGUUUUUAACCGUGGUUGAUUGUUAAUUCCCUUUGUCUCCUAGCCCUGAUUAUUCAUGAAUUAGAGGCUACUCACAGUCUCUGUGAAGGCACAAUGUGGCAUUUUCUACUCUUGUAUUUGAAAACAGUUUAACUGCUGUUUUGUGUUUAAGGUGGUCCAGGUCGCAGGGGUAAAGUAACUGAAAUCCAAGACUGGAGUACAACAAGUCCACGCAGUGCUGCCUAUGUCUUGUGGGAUAAUGGUGCAAAAAAUCUCUAUAGACUUGGAUUUGAGGGCAUGGUAAGAGAAUAAACCUGCAUACAUUUACACUUUAUGUUAAUGUAGUGUACUUUUUCAAUCCAUCAGUUUACAGCAGUCACCCCAUUUUCUUUCAAGUCCAUAAACAAGAAAGCAGUAACAAUAAUGACAUUCAAGUGUACUGUUAUUCAAAUCAAUCAAUGUGGUUGUUAUUAUGUUUAUCCGAUUGUUUAACCUGACUGCUUAUUUAAUUGUGUACACUUUUCUUAUUUAUUUAUUUUAUUUUUGUUUUCUUUGUGGUGUAGGCUGAUCUUAAAGUAAUCAGUGAUGCCAAAGGAGGUCAAUUUUAUAGAGACCACUUGCCAUUAUUGGGUAAGCAGCACAACUUAUGCAAUAAUAUCAGGGUGUAAAGAAAGUCAGUUUCACAGCUUGCUAUUUGGGCAAGCUGUAGCUAGCAUGUACUAGCCUAAACGUUGUUUCAACCAGCCCUAAAAAAAUUCCAGAUGAGCAGAAUUGAAUUACAGUUCCUCUGUAAUUUGAAUUCCCUAAAGCACGUCAGUUGCCUGUUAAAAAAAAAAAAGUUGGGCUAUUUAAGAACAGAAUUCACUAGGCCAAUGGGAAAAUCCACUAGUGUCGGGCUAUCAGACACUACUUUCUUUGCACGCAUAAACUUUUGCUUUAAUACCCUACUGCAGUCACUGUUCAAUUGACUUUUUAGAAUGCACAGGGGUAUAGGUCUACAUGUACAUUGGCUUUACAUUCAUGACCAGCAAAAAUUAAUACUGACACCUUGGCUUACUUGCUAAUCAUGAUCUUCUUGACUACUCCUCACCAUCUGUAUUUUAUAAGCAUUCAAAUUUCAUACUUACAAAUGGAAUUUCUAAAUUAAAAGAGCAAACAACAACAACCACUACAUUCUUGCAGGUUAAUGUGGUAACAAUGGCCCUUAUGUUUUAAGCCUUCGUUUUGUACAUGUACAUGUAUGUAUGGUUAAUUUUUAAUUAUAAUUCCACCAUUUAGGUGAUACCAGGCCAUCAGGUCCAAGGGGUCAGGGAUUACAGAUAGGAGAUCAAGUCACUGUUGACCUGGAUCUUGAAAUUGUACAAUCCCUGCAGCAUGGUCAUGGAGGAUGGACUGACGGCAUGUAUGAGGUAGGUAUGAAAGUAGUUGAAAAAUGAAGUAGUCAAUCUCUUCAUUUAAGAAGAUUAUUAGAUUUAAUAUAGCUGGAUUUUGCCAAGCUGUGUAUCUUAAUAGUAGUUAACUUUUUAUAUGACUCUCUGUAAUUAUAGCAAUAGUAGUAGUAGUAGUAGUAGUAUAAGAAAUUUUAGUAUUAGGUUAGUAAUUUAAUAUACGAUUUUUAUUUGUCAACAAACUCUCCAUGGAAACCAGCGGAGUGUUGUUGGGGCUCUCUGGUGUUUCUCUCUCUUUCUCUUGUAUUUUGAAUUUUUAAAUAAAGUAUUACCUACUUUAUUACCUUAUCUAGACAUGCACACCAAGAUCAGAUUAGAGGCCAACUUGAUUAAAAAUUAGGCUAGAUAGUAGCCAAGGUUACUUUGUUUUUUUUUUUGAGUCUCUUGAAGUCACAUGGUUUGUGUUACAUUUGUUGUCACCUCAGAACCAAAGUUAUCUCCAAGAAAUAUCCUCUUUGUAUGUUUUAUGCAUUGUUUGUUAAUAACUUCUUUUUUAUUUACAGACUCUUACAACUCCAGGAACAGUGGUUGGUAUUGAUGAAGAUCAUGACAUCAUGGUUUUGUACCCCACUGGUAACAGGUGAAAGAUAAUUAUUAUUAUUAUUCAUUCAAAAUAUUUUUCCAUUUCUGAUCAGCUAAAAUCCCACGCAUAAUUCAUCAUAACCAGCUCUUGUCAAAUUUGGAAGAAUUUUGCGAUAAGUGAAAGAUGAUGUCAAUCGUGCAGCAGAUUGCCAGAUUAUUGAGCGGUUAACUGAGAAGACCCGAGGACAAGGUUGAGUUGUUUUGUUAGUGAUUAAAAAAAUGGUGGAACAUCUCACUCGUUUCACAAGGAAUAAAUAAGCUUAGAAACAGAAAAAAAAUCACACAUUUUAUGAGAGGCUAGACUGCAGAGGGCUUAUGUUCCAUCAGGCAUGAAGAAGGUAGUUUACAGGUGUAAAAGCAACCUGAUGCUUUUGACAUUUCUCAUACUGACUUUUCUUCUCCUGCAUUCAUUUUUUAGAUGGACCUUUAACCCAGCUAUCUUGACCAAAGUAACUAGCUCCUCAGAAUCAUCUGAUAGUGUUCUCUCCCUUACUUCCUCCACAAUAAUGUCACCUUCUGCUGACAUUCUGAACACUGCGUUACAGACGAGCACCUUAUCAGGAACAGCGUCUUCAUCUCAGUUUGUUGUUGGAGACUUGGUACGCAUCACUGAGGAUGCUGAUAGGGUCAAACUACUUCAAAGAGGGCAUGGCGAGUGGGCUGAAGCAAUGCUACCAGUGAGUAACUUAUGUUGAACAUUAUUUGAACAGUUUAACCUUAAACUCUUGGGCAUUCUUCUAAAGCCCUGUCAUCACUAGCGACACAAACAUAAGAAGAACACAAGGUUUUGAUAUGUCAAGGCCAUCUUCACUUGCAUAAAAGUUCUGCAUGCUUAUGCUUGCAUUGCUUGUGAGAACCAAGUUAUGUUUAUGGUUAUGCUUGCGUCCCUAUUGAAGACCAGACUUAAAUGACUUAUGCGCACUUGGUCUUGAUGUACAAGUAAAUUUGUACUUAUAAUAAUGUAAUUUUUAAUUACAUGUACAUGUAAGGUGACAUCUUCUAUUUACAUUUACAGUGGAUGAAAAACAGGAUUUUCUGCACAUCCAUUAUCAAUUUUUUAUCACUUUUAGCCAGAAGAGCUAUUCAAACUCUUGUUCAUAAAGCAAGUUAAUCUGUCUGUUAAGCUGGUGUCUAUCAAUACAUCACUGCAAUAUAUCCAGAAGGGCAAAAGUUUGCUUGUGCUUACUUCUCACACUCCUGGUAAUUAUUUUGCAGACUCUUGGCAAGGUUGGUAGAGUGCAGCAGAUUUACCAUGACAAUGACUUGAAGGUUAGUGUGACUUGGUAAUAGUAGCAACAGCAACAGCAGCGAGAACAGCAAAGAAGCAAUAACUUUAGGCUGUGUUCACACUCUACUGGAUAGCUUUUGUUCUGGCACAAAAGCCAUACUGGAUAGGGCUUUUGUUCCCACAUAAGGACAGUGAUUCUGGUGUGAUUUCUGUACCAGAGUGAAGCUACUCUGCACUAAUCUCUAUCAUUAAAAACUGAAUCACUGGAUAAUGCAAAGCUAGAGCUCUGAUUGGCUUAGCCAUCAUGGUAUAUGAGCCAUUAUACCAUGCUCUCCAAAUAUGGUAGCUGUAUGCAUCUGCUCAAAAUUAAAACACCCUGAAAAUUGGUUGUUUUUACAAAUAAAGUCGGAGAGAAUUCUUGAUAUUUCAUGGGCAUUUUUAAUAAAACAUUUAUUCCACUCGCACUUGUUGGAUAUGAGAUGAUUAUAGCCAACUCGGCACUACGUGCCUCUUAGGCUAUCUACCAUCUCAUAUCCAACACACACUUGUGGAAUAAUUGUUAAAAGUGGAAAAUCACAAGACACAUAUCAAAUGGGUGUUCAUACCAUACUGAAUAGCUUUUCAUGUCAGCACACAGUUUGAUAAAGACAUGAAGUCUUUUAAAAAGUGUUGUUCAAUCAACAUGCCAUUUUGACUGACAAUCUAAAGGUCCAUUAAUUUUUAGAUUUUCAGUCUGGAAUAUACUGUAUCUCCAAAGGCCAGUUUACCAGUCGAGCGAUUUGUCUGUGGAGUUUUUAGAACAGCAUUAUGUUUUGUUUCGUUUCAGGUGGAGAUCUGUGGCACUUCGUGGACUUACAAUCCAGCUCUUGUGACUAAAGUAGCAUCUGGAACUGAGUCACCCUCAGUGGGUGCUUCUGCUGGUGGUGAGAUUUACUCUUUCAGUUAGAACUAAGAGUAGUGUCACAGUGUAUAGAAGUUGGGUGCCUGGGAUAGCUGGGGGGCCUCCACUGUGACCUGUGGGCCCCUCGACAGUGAUCUGCUCCCAUGGGUGGCAAUCCCCACAAGCCAGCCAUAAGCCCCCACACAGUGUCAUCCAGGCACCCAUCACACUGUGUUAACACCAAAAAGAAAAGGGUUGGGAAGGAAGGGCCAGAAUAAAAAGCAGAAGGACCACAUACACUGUAAACGAAAUUGGCAUGCUUCAACACAUUUAAAUGCACCUUAAACACUUAUUGCAAAGUGUACUCAGAACAUGCACCAAAGCAGCUACUGCUGUUGGCCAAUUAAUGCCCUGGCUCCUCUUUGUUGUUAACGUAGUUAAACUGCAUUUGACUGGUUAAUGUUAAUCAAUACCUUUUUGGAAAGCAUGUGGGCUAGACUGUGUGUUUUACUAGUUGCUGUUUGUAAUAUUUUAGCAGAGAGAUUGUCAGCCCUGUUGAAGAAGCUCUUUGAGACUCAUGUUCCUGGAGAUGCAGUUGAGGAGCUCGUUAAAGCUGCUGCUAAUGGUGACUCACAAAGAGUUGAAGAACUUCUGCUCAAAGAAGAUGCCAAUGUAAGUUUGAAUGCACUUUUUCCAUGUUUACUUCUGUAGCCGUCGACCUAAUCUUGAGACAAACAUUUCAUUUCAGGAUUACAUGUACAUUCCAUCUUUUUGCUAAGCAUCAUUUUUCAGUAGUCAGGGACCGUUCAUAAUGUGCAUCACUCUUCAACACCCUUUAAUUUUGCCCACCUCAACCCACUCAUUAUUUUACAGUCAGUGUACAUGGUGUUGUUGAAUCAUUCGUUUUUGUCAUGUUUACUAUAGUCAACAAUAAUUGUUUUCUCUGCUGCCCAAAUAUUGCACAACAUAAUAAUUACCGCUCUUUCAUCUUUUGGCUAGGUCAAUGGUGUGUUUGCUGGACACACAGCUCUUCAAGCUGCCAGUCAAAAUGGCCAUGAAGACACUGUCAGAGUUCUCAUUAGAUUCGAUGUGGACUUGGAGGCAGAGGUUUGUUUCCUUUCUUCUCUUUACUCAUUCCCAUUGGCUGAGAAGAGGAAUUUUUCGCGUUUCAAUUAGUUACAUGUGUAACCAUCUCUAGCCUGCAAGUAGACUCAGCUGUGUGGGUUUCGAGUUCAGCGAAAUUUUGGCGGUGGAGCAACAGUGAGGCUCACUUUUCCUCACCCCAUUCUUCUCACAGGCUGUGCCUCCCGGGGGGGGCACUGCCAUAUAUGGGCUAUAUAGGUAUGUGCCACUGUGAAGGGUAUGGUUUUCAAGCAGUUUACUCUAGGAUAGGGUAUAUAAAUCAGAGCGUUUGGGUCUAGAAUAGGGUAUCAUUUUUCAGGAAAUUGAUCAGUUGGUUGAAGAUUUUACCUAGACUAGGCAAAAACAGCUACUCUAGGAUAGGGGGGAUUUGGGGAGUUUACUCUAGUAUAGGGUAGCAAAAUUCAGCUGAACUAGCUCUGGUAUAGGUUAAGGGUUCCAGGGUUCCAGCGGCACAUCCCCACCCAGAAAUUCCUAAAGUACCCCCCCGGGCUGUGCCUGCUUGUUCUAAGGCCAAGAUUUUCUCCGAACUCGCACCAGUGAGCCUCCUUGCAGGCUAAAUAAUCUCAGGUUAACAAUAUGCUCCAGGCAGAUUUCUGUGAGUACCGGUAAGUACAAUUCUUAUUACCUGCUCAUAUAUUAUACCUUCUCUCUAAAUCUAAAGAAGUAAUGAGUGAAGUGUGUUGAUAAAAUAUCAAAAGAAUUUUACGUCUGUUAGUAAUUGAUAUUAGGCUAUAAAAAGAUAAAUUUGAUGCUAGAGUAUUUGAGAUAGAUGAUUAGAAAUCGGACUUAUCUUGAAGACAUCCAUUGAAGAGGUCAAAAAAGGCCCCACUUUCCUCUCUUCAAUCGGAUCCUAUUCCCAAUGAAUUGUUUUUCACACGGUUAUUCAAUUUCAUUUGUUGACCAAAAAAUAUGGAGUGAGUUUCACUUUCUUCAUUUAGGACAAAGACGGUGACCGUGCAAUCCAUCAUGCUGCCUUCGGGGACGAGGGUGUAGUCGUGGAACAGUUGAUCAAAGCCGGAAGUGACAUGAAUGCUCGAAACAAACGGCGUCAGUCACCCCUGCACGUGGCCGUCAAUAAGGGACACACAGCAGUGGUAAAGAAACUUCUUGGUUUGGGAUGCCACCCAAGCUUACAGGCGAGUACUUUUGAUGUCUCCUGUUUCGUGGUUGACCUUGAUAAGGAAAGAGGGUCUUGUUUAAACCGGUGACGAAUGCAAUCGGUUAACUGUUUUUAGACGUUUUACGUAUGUUAACAGCCUUAUGGCCUGCGAAAACAUCCGUUUCUCCUCACUCUUCGCCGCUGGGGAUGUUUCGUGUGGAGGAACUCUUCCACGCAAAACGUCCCCAGCGGCGAAGAGCGAGGAGAAACGGAUGUUUUCGCGGGCUAACAGCCUUAUAACUAUGUUUGUCAGAGGCUGUUUUUGUUUUUGUCUGCGUUUCCUUGUAUUCCUCGAAGAAUGUUUUUUUCGGUUAAAUUUUAUCGACGGAGAAAUAAACAUCUCCAUGUACAUCUCCAGGCCCCAGUUGUUCAAAAGAUGGAAAACGCUAUCCACUGGAUAAAUUUCUAUCCAGUAGACAGCACAAUUUAUUUCUCUAACACUUAUCCACUGGGUAGUGAUUUAUCCAGUGGAAAGGGCUCUCCAACGUGUGAACAACCCAGAUCAGUAAUUUAUUCUAGCUGGGCUCUAUUUUUCCCGCGGUUCCUCUCCAUCUUUAGUUACGCUUUUACAAGAUUUUAUUAUUUUUCCUUUUUGUGUGAUCAGGAUACAGAAGGAGACACCCCAUUACAUGAUGCAAUCUCCAAGAAGCGAGAUGAUAUGGUUACCAUGUUACUAGAGUCUAACGCUGAUGUUACAGUGGCUAAUAACAAUGGCUUUAAUGCUUUACAACAUGCAGCUUUACGUGGUAAUCCAAGGUAAAUUUACAGCGGCCCUCAAAAUCUACUGAGUGGUUUACACCUUUUGGGUAGUUUCUAGGUGUUAGGAACCAAAUGACGUAAUACAAUAGAUUGAAAAGACAUUAAACAAUACCCACACCACCAAACAUAAGCGAACCAAUAAUGGUUUCCGCAACAGCAAGAAACACCCAUCUUUUGGCAUUCUGCUCUUUAAGAAUGCAAAAGAAUUGUCCAUUAAUUACUUUAGAAGCUGUUUCUUCUUCUUAAUUAAUUCUACUGAUUCCAGAAAUGAUAACUCGGAUAGUCUUUUGAGUAAGUACAAAAAUGGUGAUAAAUCUGAGUCGUACGCUCUGCAAAGAUAAUUCUUGUUAGCUGGUGUACAUGUAUAACGUAUUUGAUUUCCAAGACGGUUGUUAAUUAUACUUCAAACGUACCGUGCUUUGAAUAGGCCAUAGGCCAUUGCCGCAAGCCUCUGUUUAAAAAUGAGACUAAGUGCAAUAAAACUCGUUUUGGCAAGAAAGGUUUUGAAUUUAGCCUCGUUUUGAAAGUGAAUUAUUGGUUUUUGUUUUGUUUUUUUUGGGGGGGGGGGGCGGGGGCUGUUGUGUGAUGUUGCCCUUCUUGAUUGAUCUAAUCACAUAAUACUUGUUUGUCUAGUGCAAUGCGUAUUCUCCUUUCCAAGCUCCCUCGUCCAUGGAUUGUGAAUGAAAAGAAGGAUGAUGGGUACACGGCUCUUCACCUAGCCGCACUCAACAAUCACACGGAAGUGGCUGAGUUACUCGUCAAACAGGUAUGCUGUGGCCCUCUAUUCCUUUUCUGCCUUGUUCUCUCUGCUUCUCCCAGAGGUCUCCUAGAGCAAAAAAGAGGGAAAACUGGGAACGCAAACAGUGCAAUGCUCGGAAAUCUCGCUUGUAAAACAAAUGAAACAGUUUUUAUUGAAAAGUAGGGCUGAGAACUUUAGUCUAUUCCUUUGAGGUAGUCUUGUCUUCCUGAUUGUUAUCAGCCGAAACCAGUUGUGAAAUUGCACACAUUUUGGCAUCCUGCCUGCAAAAAAAUCAGAGAGUUUGUCGUCUAUCCCCUUUGAGUUGUCGUUAUUUUCAAGAAUUAUUUGAUUUUACCUUCCUAGCACAAAACGAACUGUAAAUGGUAAGUGGCAUCUUAUUCGAUUGUUUCAGUUGAAGAGAGAACCUUCUUAUUUUUUUUAUGGUAAACCCACUAGAUUUUAUGUAAGGCAUUUAUCUCUUUAUACGGAGAGAAGAGAUGAGGGCAUUUUUUGUUUUGUUAGGUUUAGAUUGUUUUUUUCUUUUGGUUUUAUUUUUUGUCCUUUUUUCUGCUUCUUACGUUUGUUGAGGUUUUCGUGCUUUAACGAGCAGAAUUAUUGACUGAUUUCACAUUAAUUGUGUCACCUUUGCUAUUUUUUUCCUCAGGCCAAGGCGAAUAAAGAUAUUCAGAAUACAAACUUACAAACGCCGCUACACCUCGCAGUAGAAAGGCAACACACUCAGAUAGUUAGGGUAAGUGUUAUCUCCCAGUCUAAGAGAGAUCGUCAAAUCCUUAAAUAGUCAGGAAGAUUAAAGAGCCAGAAAGCGGACUGUUGUGUUAUGAAUAUGACGACUAGUUUGUUCACGUCGCCGUUUCCUGAUGCAAAUUUUAUGGUCUACGUCCAUUACAAUAGAGAGCUUUAGAUUUGAUGUCAAGAACGAGUACAAGUACAAGAUUUAACUUAAAGUUUUUGUGCGUGUUCUCUAAAAACGACGCCCCGAAAACUUCAUUUUCCAUUUUUUCACCAAAAAAGUUUGUACGGUUAUUUAUACUGAAGGAGGUUAAGCCCUCUCCCGAUAGCAGGUUGAAGCAGGAUGAUAAAACUUCUUACAUUUGAUAAGUUGUGUUCGCCACUACGACUUUCUCGCUAAAACCCGUAGUAGAAUCAUGGCUAGCAGAAAGACUGUCUUUCUACUAUCCAUGGUAGAAUACGACGGCUGUCACGUUUUCCCGCCAAAAUGACGCUGAUUCACGCGUGAGCAACACUCAGUAUUGAGAGAAUCUCGUACUCGUAGUCGUUCUCGUCUCAGAAUGUGAAAGUCUCUAUUGUUAAUUCGGAGCUCCGAUUCGAAAAACCUUGUUAUGAGAUGAAACCUCCUUUUUUCUCUUGUAGCUAUUAGUUCGUGAAGGUGCCAAAUUAGACCUCACAGACAAGGAUGGGGAUACACCACUACAUGAGUCUCUUAGACAUCACACGCUUUCUCAGUUGCGGCAACUACAAGACAUGCAAGAUGUAGGCAAGGUAAGCACAGUUAUUCAGUAUUAGAUUCAAGCAGUCAAUAGUGUUCCAUCACAAAAGAGUCAAACCAACGGAACUCAGGCAAGGAUCUAGAAUAAAUACUGAUAUAAUUAUUUAUCAAAUUUGACCGUUUUUCGUCAAACGGUGGAAACCGAUGUGGAUCCCCGCCAGGAACUGAUCAAAUCUUUAAACAACUGAACGCGUACAUCAUGUAGAAAAAGGUACAUUUGCAGGUGCAGAGUUGUUUUGGUUUUUUUUGGUUCGUGUGGAAGAAAUCUGAAAAAAAUAUAAAUUACUAUCCACGCACCGCUUUCAACUGAAAACCGCCAAGGGUGUAGAGCGAAGUACUAGCUGAAACUAUAAAGAUUGCCUGGAAGGAAUGUGGUAAAUAACGGUGACCAGUUAGUGCGUCGGAUUCGAAAUCCCCAUUCCGUUAGUCCGGUUUCCGUUCUCUUACCACUGGCUGGACAUUUUUUUUGGUAGGCCUGCAUGAUUUCAACACCUUAUCCAUGCCUUUUCCAGCCAACUAGUUUGGCUCCCGAUUUGGGUGAUUUUUAGUCAUCAUUUAAGUAGUGCCUGUAGAGUACCUUCGUACAGUGAAAAAUGCGCUGAAAGCUCUUCAAGAAACAGUUAGUAGCGUCGAGAAUAUCUCCUUCCCUUGUAGACCUUUUAUAACUACAUACUUUGCACUUUAUCAUGCGUACGACGCGGACUUUUGUAUAAUGGUAACUGGCGUAAAACUAGAGUAAACUCAAUUGAAUUGUCUUACGUACAAUGAAAAAUGUUCUGACAGGUCUACAAAAUGUGUAGUAAGUAGCAACGAGAAUAUCCCGCCCCUAUAGACUUUUUAACACUCUAUACUUUGCAUUUUAUCAUUACCUAAAACGACGUAUGUAUGACGGUGAAUAGCGUAAAACUAAAGUGAACGCGUUUUAAAAUUAUCGCAAGUCUUAGGCAGUAUGUCUUGCUAGGUAAUCACAUAAGACUGGUUGUCAGCCUUACAAAACAGAGUGUGGUUGUCCCCUUAAUUUCCCCUUUGUUCAUGGCUGUUACCGGCACCCAAACACUGGCUCAUGUUUUGUGGUUUGUUUAUUUACAGCUUCUAAUGGGUUUGGGAACACAAGGUGCAGACAAGAAAAGUAGUGCCUCUAUUGCGUUAUUCCUGGCUGCCAAUGGAGCUGACCUGAAUAUCAAGAAUAAGAAAGGGCAAACUCCAGUGGAUCUCUGCCCCGAUCCUAAUCUCUGUAAAGCUCUGGCCAAAUGUCACAAGGAACGCGCCAGGUAUAGUCGGAAACAAACUCCCCAAAACUUUAGCAAUUAACAAAGCAUAAGCAAAUAUCGGAAGCAAAGAAUACCAGUUAAAACCUGUCAUUUCUUUGGCACCACUUGGGGUUUCAUUUGCAGUCAACGCUUGUUAUUGCGGACACCUUCAGGAGCGCGAUUUAGUGUCAGCAAAACCAUUUAUGCUUCUGGUGUCAGUCAAACAUUUGUAACUGAUCUUUGCCGGAGAUUUAGCUGCUGUACAUCUUAGAAUAGGACUACCUUGAAGAACAAUAAGUUGCACCACUAAAAAGAGGAAUUGUCAGUAGGUUUCAUGUCGGCAAUCACAGCUGACGAUUUUUGCCCAACCUUUCACUUGAAAAUCACCUAGAGGAGCAAUAUUUUUGAGACUGUACAAACAUGUAGGCGCACUGCAAAUGUGGUAUCAAUAGUCAGUGGGGACAAAAAUUGAUCAGAUAUUAACAUCGAUAAGUUCGAAUUAUCAGCGUUUCAGCAGUCUCUAAUUUUCCCAGUCUCCUAGUUUCCCUUAUUAUUAAAAACGAAAAACACACAUCUCUUUCCCGAAAGAUGGCACUGAACUGUGAUUUGGCUUUUCGGAGGUUUACCACCAAAGAAGCUACAUUUCCCGUUAAUCAAAACCUCAUACAACGACCCUUUGUACCCUUCUUAACUCAACAAAUCCAGUCAUCCUCUUUGCUUGUUCUGAUAGUGGUUCGCAGAAGAACAACUCGAACCUCACUUCACUAGUAGACGAAGAUGAGAAUGAAGGACUGGACGAGUGCAUGGUCUGCUCUGACAUGAAGCGUGAUAUGCUGUUUGGCCCUUGUGGUCACGUGGCCACGUGUUCUUUGUGUUCAUCGCGUGUCAAGAAGUGUCUCAUGUGCAAGGAGGCUGUGCAGUCCAGAACAAAGGUCAGAAAUGUAGCCCUCUUUUGAGAGGCAAAUGAUGUUGAUUUGGGAAGGAAAUAAAAGGCAAACACAUAAACCAGUUAGUCCGCUAAUGGACUUACGGGCAUCUUGUUGUGGUGGUGGACUUGUAUUUGUCUACUUUUACUCACUUCAUAUUUUAAUUUUUAACAACCCCCAAAUCCAAUAAUUUCCAAUUUUCCAAAAUUUUCAGUACCCCCCUCCCCUAAUUUUUAUGCAUUAAAAACAUUCGAAAAAUCUUCCAAAAACUGUACAAAAUUUAUUGGACUAAGGACUCCAAACCAAAUUGAGUUGUUUUUCGAUGGAAUGAAAUCUUGGCUAGGUGUAUAAGAGAAAGGGCGGAAAUAAACGAAAAACAAUGCUUUUAACCAGACUUCAUUUAGAACUCAGCGAAUGGUCCCAAGGGAAAAAGCGAGUUUUGUUUUCCCAGAAACUCAGACAUUGAGAUUUUAUUGGGGUUUGAGGGAGACAAUGAAAAUUGCUUCAACCUAUGAGACUAGUGUAGGAAAUGAAAACAAUGUGAUGCUCGGGGACUGGGGGUCAGUUUCAUUGUUGGAUUCAAGUGAUCGAGCUACGCUGUAGUUGGAACGUGCACUGGUGGAGAAAAAUUCGUCUACAAUAUUCAGUUAUUCCACAUACACCACAGAAUACUCGACCUUGCGUCAAUGUAAAUCACAAAGAUUGUAAAAAAGUCUUAAUGGAGCAUUUGCACGAACAUUUUACGCAAUUUUUUCUUCUGUCUUUGAAAUUUUAGAUUGAAGAGUGUCUGGUUUGUUCCGAGAAAAUUGCAAGAAUGCUGUUCAAGCCUUGUGGCCACAUGGUUGCCUGUGAAAGUAUGUUUAUUAGUUGUUAGUUUGUUUAUUGCAGUUCACGCUUUAUACAACACCUUUCCAUUCGAUUCCUCCUCGUAGAUAAAGCUGAGCCGUAAAGUAGUUCAAAUAAGGACCACGUUCUUGUUGGAACCUGAUCGGGGGCAUGCUUAUUUGAGAAAACGCAAUAACCCAACCACGUCGUAUCAUACUGUAAAUCCUCUUUUAAGCCCCUCCCCUCCCCUCCUCCCGUCAAAUACGGCCACUCUCUCUAAUAAGCCCUCCCUUUUCAGGGGAAGAAAGUUAACGAGCCCUCCUCCUCUCCACCUUUUUAUGCUUCACUAAUAAAUUGUAUUAAUCAAUCGCAACUGUAACUCUCCAUGUGGAGUUUAUUCACCUGCUGUCAGUUCGGCUUUGUUUUUGAUUGUAUUCUAGUUCUUUAUAGAGAACUGACACCAUCGUCCUUGUUAAAUUGAUUAAUCCCCCCGUCUCUAUUAAGCCCCCCCCCUCCCCUCAAAUGUGUUUUAAAACAAUAAGCCCCCCAGGACUUACGGUAUUUAUAGUGCGUUGUUUGUUUUUGCAGAUUGUGCAUUGUUAAUGAAAAAAUGCGUUCAAUGUCGCGAAUCCAUUGAAGAAUCUAUUCCAUUCAUUGUAUGCUGCGGAGGGAAAGGUUUGUUAACCUUUUUACUUAAUUGGCCAGCUUCAUUUUGGACAUAACCUUGUUACAAAAACAGGAUAGUUCCUUGGUGUUGCGAAUGGGUAUGAUCACCAAAUAACGCACCGUAUUUCCUCGGAUAAUCGCCGUCCUUCGAUUAAUCGCCCCCCUUUAAUGGAAAUGUCUAAAAUAAUCGCCCACCCCUCUCGCUAUCUUCUCUUUCGUUUAUCCCCUCCCUGUCAAGUUGAAGUGGAAUCCGAUCCAGCAAAACUGAUCAGUGGCGAUUCAAGCUUUGAAAAUUAAUCAAGGUACCUAAUUUGGAACACUUAAUUUUUUCAUUUCUGGAACACAGGCCCUGAGAAGAUACCUCUCAUCAUUUUUGUCCCACUAGAAGCUUACGUUUCGUGAGUACUGGUUCGAUAAAUGCGAUAUUUGUAGCAGCAAAAUGUGGUGUGGUGGCGUCCAAGAUUUUGAGUUCCUUCUACCGCUCUAUGAAGGGCAAUCUUUGCCCAUAACAAGAGGACAAGCUUGUCAAAGCCAAUUAGAGUUAUGUAAAACUCUUUUCCCCGACUGCAAGUGAUUGCUUUAGGCUUUGUAGAAUGAAUCGCACAGAAAUAGAAUCGUGACAAAUUAUGUACUGUAGAACGGGUCAAAAAGUUUUAUUCCCUUUUUUUUUCUUUUCUUUUUCUUCUUUUUUUUCAAGAAGUCACCAAAGUCAUUUUCUCUUUUGCUUUAGCUACUGCCCCUUGUCAAUCGAAAGCAAGUGCCAAACCAGAAAUUAGUGCCCAAGAAUUCACUCAGUUACAACAGCAGCUACAAGAUAUGAAAGAGCAGGUACGUAUGGUGUGGUUUUCUUCGUUUUUCUGAUGAUGGCUGAUCGCUAGUCUACGUUUCAGUCGAUAUAUCAGUAGUGGAUCCAGACCUUCAGAUAAUGGGGGGAGGGGCGGUCAUCCAGAUCCUGACACAAGGGGGGAGGUAGUAUCAAAAAAAUUUUUUUCGGCCCUUCGAACCUUAGUUUGGUAUAAAAUAAGGGGGCGGGCCCCUUCCCUGGAUCCGCCACUGUGCAUAGCAGUAUGUAUUGCAGGCCAUAUAGUUAGGAAAAUAGAAAACAAUUCUUGGUUUUCCAGGUAAAUUUGUUGUUGCUUUUAUUAUAUAUUAUUUGAUUUAUCUGUUUAUAUUACAAUACAAAAAUAACUUUAUUCAUAGAUUCAAAAAAAUAGACUAUUUACAGAUUCAAGAAUAUGAAUAUUAAAAUAUAUACCCUAUGUACAUUCUUCUUGUGUACGAAAGAGAAUUGUCGUAAAAUGACUAUCUAAAAACUACUUAUAACAAUUAUAAAAAGCAUCAAAAAGUUAAUAAAAAAAAAUUAUCUAAAAAUAAUUCAAACUGAUAAAAAGUUACUACUUAAAUUCUGGCUUGCGCACUUUCCGAUGUAAUGUCAAUGUCAGACAUAUUGACUACUCUUCUUUAUAUUUGUUUCAUUGUCGUUUUGAGUAAACAGGUCAAAAUUUCUUUUUCCCCUUGCGCUAGAUUCCUGCUCAUUUUUUUCUAUCCCUGAAGUGAUAGGUCUGAUAUUUUUAAUGAUAAAUUUGUAUUUUUGCAGCAGUGUACGAGGUAAAGUACUGUACUCUUUUGAUUUUUUUUAGUCCCUUUGUCCCGUCUGCAUGGAUCGAAGGAAAAACCUGAUAUUCCUCUGUGGUCACGGCGCAUGUCAGUUGUGUGGAGACAGGAUGCAGGAGUGUCCAAUGUGUCGCAAACCUGUGGAAAGACGUAUUCUACUGUUUUGACGAAGCAUCACCCCCGCUUAAAUAGCUUGCCUUGCAGGCGUUUUCAUUAGGUGCGCCGUGUUUUCGAUUGUUUAAAACCGCCAUAUUGAAUUGCAAAAAAAAAGAGGGAACUUUGGUCUUGUCAAAGGGAAAGGGGAUGGGGGCGGUGAGAGGGAAAUUUUUUCUCCCCUCCCUUUCCCCCGUCGCCUUUCUAAGCCCUAACACCAAUCCCAAGGGUUUUAAUUUCUCCCCUCCCCUCGGUGAUAAAGUCAAAGAUGGCGGCCACGGCAUUACGACAAAAACAAACAACUUAUUACGCCCGCAUUGCAGGUCACCGCUUAAAGACUUAAUUGAAUUGAUAAACUAAAGUAUAAAUUAUCCAAAAACUAGAUCCUUCAAAUUGGAAAAUAUAUUACAGGCUCUUUGUAUAGAAGAAAAAGUUACCGACAGGAAGUCAUGAUCAUAUUCUAGUCUACUCGCAAUGCCUUUUCUCUUUAUUGUCUGGUUAUUCAGAGAAAGGGGCACUUCAUUUGCGAGAAGAAAAGGAAGAGAUUUGAUCUUCCAAAGCCGUUUCGCUUUUUUCAGCAUGGAAUUUAUUCACAGUUUUUUACUCAACACAAAAUAGGAACGGACAAGAAUUUGUGAAUUCAGGAGCUAAUGGUGAAGUGUUUAAGUACGGACAACUGAGCUUGCUGUGGAAGUAACCGGUUUCCAGUCAACUGUAGGGAAUCCUACGAAAACUGACGUGAAGAAAGUUAAGAGUUGAAGAUGUUAUGUAGAAUACUUGAGGGGGUUGCCCUUUGAAGGGUAGAAUUUUCCAACAGAAUAGUCCAGGAUAGGGCAUAGAGUCAGAGGGUUUUGUAGUUUUUAUGGGAAAUUGAUUGGUGUGUUGAAGAUUCAUAAGUAGUAUGUGGUAGGGAUUUUUAGUGCCCGGUCUGGAGUAGGGUAGCAAAUUUGCGGCUGUACAUUGUCUGAUACAGCCCAAGGAUUUUAGGGUCCCAGCGGCACACCCCCACCCAUAAAUGAAAAGAAUACACCCCCCCCCCCUCCCCGUGAAGUAUACAUUGUCAAAUUGACAUAGCAAAUGAACGAUCAGUGUAGCAAGCGCCAGUGGACCGAAAAUUAGGAUAUUUUAAGUAUAUAAUGUUCGUAAAAAAGAGGACAUAUAGUAAUAGAAGUCUCAUUCCAAAUCUCAAGGAGUAUAAUCAACGUAAUUUCUUCUCGAUUGGCAUGACACACCUACAGCAAGGGACAUCGCUCAUUAUAUUCUUUAAAGGAACCAUUUAAUUGGUUCACAAAACUGAUUAGGGGACAUAAAAUAGCAAUCCCCGUUGUAUAAUAGACUAAGAAACGAAGAAAUAAACAAAAUAGAAGUCUUUCUUAUAAAUGUACGGAAAAUAAACCGAUUGCAGGGUUAGUGGUAAUUUCCGGGUGGAGAGAAGCGAGGACCGGCAAUAUGUCUGCGUUCGCAAGCUACCAGGUCAGAGAUCAUGGCGUAAACAAACUUGUGAAAAACUGGAACGACGUUGUCCAAUUAAAAGAGCCUACGGUCUUGGUCCGAAAUUUUUCACUCGGACCAAAGCGUUCCACCGAACUUUAGGUGAUGUUUUUGUUAAGUGGGACGGAAAGGCUUUGGUUUGACGGGACUAGCCGGUCAAGAAGGACCGCUUUCGGAGGUGGACCACUUUUUCCUGAAAUUCUUCAUUAGGACCGAAUUGGUCUAUUGAAAACUCGCGGCGCGUUCACUGUUUCGGCAUACGGCGAAGCGCCAACCCGUCUGACUGAAAGGGACUGCUCGCUGUCUUGUUUCAACUGGAGAUGCCAUAAAGUAGUAAGUGCAUCUCGAGAAUCUGCCGAAUAAAGCGAGUUUUAGUCUGCGUUUCAGACAGUCUAAAUCCUUCUCUCUUUGCUCGGCUGAGAGCCUCAUCGGAGAUUCCAAUAGUGCCAACAGACUACCUCCAUGCGCCUCCAAGCUUUGCACCUUCUUCUAAGC